UCCCAAUCUCAAUCCAACCAUCUCAAUCUCCAUCUCCAGCUCUUCAUCGUCAACGAUAGUAGAGUGUCGCUCCUAUCGUCCCAUCCAUCAUCCCCAUCAUCGUCAUCAUGUCUUCCCCCGAAGUCCAUCUGCUAUUCCACCAGCCCAUCGCCGACCACUCGUUCAAUGCCGAUCGUUCUCGACUCGCCGUAGCUCGCGACACGCGAGUGCAGCUCUACGCUCGCUCCGGAAAGGGCUUCACGUUGGAGGAUGAGCUUGCCGGACACGACAAAACUGUUACCAGUGUGGACAUCGCGCCGGGGUCCGGCAAGAUCGUCACCUGCUCCCAGGAUCGUAACGCCCUCGUUUGGGAGCCGUCCCCGACCGGCUGGAAGCCUACCCUCGUCCUUCUCCGUAUCAACCGUGCAGCGACGAUGGUCCGCUGGUCCCCCGACGAGAAGAAGUUCGCCGUCGGCUCUGGAGCGCGCGUGAUCGCGGUCUGCUCCUUCGAAGAAGAAAACACCUGGUGGGUCUCGAAGCAUAUCAAGAAGCCCCUGCGCUCCACGGUCCUCUCAGUCUCCUGGCACCCGAACUCGGUUCUCCUCGCUGCUGGUUCUGCCGACGCCCAUGCGCGCGUCUUCUCCGCGUUCAUCAAGGGCGUCGACCAGCGUCCCGAGCCCACUGUCUGGGGAGAGCGUCUCCCGUUCAACACCGUUUGCGGAGAGUACACGAACUCGUCUGGCGGUUGGGUUCACGCGGUUGCAUUCUCACCGUCCGGAGACGCGCUUGCCUACGCUGCGCACGACUCCUCCGUCACGGUGGUCUACCCAUCCGCGCCCGACCAACCCCCGCGCGCCGUCCUCACGGUGACUACGCAGAUGAUGCCGUUCGUGGCGCUUAUAUGGAGCAAGGAGGACCAGAUAAUCGCGGCCGGUCACGAUUGCCACCCAGUGGUCUUCCAGGGAGACAUGAGUGGCUGGACCCAGGCUUACAGCGUCGACGAUCCCAACAAGAACAGGGGCGAAGCUCAGGACGCCGAGAGCAGCGCGUUGAACAUGUUUAGACAGAUGGACCUGAAGGGCAGGACCAACACUAUCGAAGACACCACUAUCAAGACCAUCCACCAGAAUACCAUCUCUACCAUUAGGGUCUAUGAAGGCUCCUCCGGAGAAAUCACCCAGUUUAGCACCAGCGGUGUCGACGGACGUAUUGUGAUCUUCCCAGUUAGCGGAUAACGUUAUCGGUUAUCUAAGUCUUAGUUACCUCUUCGGCGGGUGGAUAUAUCAGUAGGAUGAUGGGAGAAUGAGAGUGGAAGCCUUAAAGAGCC